GUCGGGAAAGCGGCGGAGUGGUGGGGCCCGGUGGCGGCGGGCGCCAUGGUUGGUGGCGAGGCAGCUGCCGCGGUGGAGGAACUGGUUUCGGGGGUGCGGCAGGCCGCCGACUUCGCGGAGCAGUUCCGCUCCUAUUCGGAAAGCGAGAAGCAAUGGAAAGCCCGGAUGGAGUUCAUCCUGCGCCACUUGCCCGACUUCCGCGACCCGCCCGACGGCGGCGGCCGCCUGGACCAGCUGCUGUCUCUCUCCAUGGUUUGGGCUAACCACCUCUUCUUGGGCUGCAGUUACAACAAAGACCUUUUAGACAAGGUGAUGGAAAUGGCUGAUGGGAUUGAAGUGGAAGAUCUGCCACAGUUUACAACCAGAGGUGAAUUAAUGAAAAAGCAUCAAAGCUAAGACUUAGCACAUUUUCAUCAUCAGCUACAGGCUCGGAAGAGGCUGGUAUAAAUGUGACACUGACCCCAGGCGUCUCUCUCAAGACUUCUGGUAUUACCAGCACAAAGGAAGAGAGGCAGUUGGUAUGAAAUGGAAUCUGCCAUUGGCUUUUUAAAAGUUCUUAUUCUUCUAGAACCUAUCAUUGUAAAAGUAUGCAUGGACAUUUUAUGUAUUUAUAAAUCAUGCACUCUAAGAUGAGUUCAUCAACAUUGUGAAAGUCCUCCUGUUU